AUUCGAGCGAACUCUAGUAGGACUUCGCGAGGCCUACGGAACUGGUGAAGUGACUCGUGCCUUGUUUUCUUUGCACAAAACGGGCGUGAUUGCUUUCUUUUCGAGCGCCUGUUGCCGACACCUCGAAAGUUUGACGGCCCGCCCUUUCCUACAGCGAUACCCCACGACACUUCGACUUGGCUUCAACUCAACGAUCCGAUCGGGACUCAUCAACGUUAUCACGAAAAGCUGAUGGCGCACACACCGGCGAGGUCCACCUCUUUCCUCGCGGUGCACGAGACUCCCAGCGUGCGCCAGUCCACACCCAUCACCACCGCGUGGUCCCCGGAGAGCGGGUUCUUUGACUCGGAUGGCCAGUCGACAAACCGCAGCUGCACUUUCAGCCCCUCGUCUGCACUCUUCAGCGAUGAUGACAGCCACAGUGUCUGUUCCAUCAUGCCAUACAGCUACUGCAGCGACCCUGUGACCCAGCUGCUGCUCCUUCCCAAGGAAAGCCCGCCGCCUCGUGUGGACAUCCUCAAGAAGCUCAAGAGUUACCGGCCGGUCGUGUGCAAGAUACUGGACUACCUGUCCUCGCAGGACCUGGCCAGCGCCUGCCGCGUCAGCUCAGAAUGGCGCAAGCUGUGCCUCUCGAUACCCGAGCAAGCGGUUCGCUUUACGGAGUACGUCAAGACGAGAGAGGAGCACUGGGAGUCAUCCAGGGAAAACAUGCCCAAGCGCAAGUCAUCCAGGAAGGAGCCAUCGAAUGCUCCUCCUCUAACAGUUCACAAUGCUCAAGCAGAGGUGCAAAAUUCAACUGGGCAAGCUGAGAAGGCUGUGGAAACAAGAUCAAGGCUGGACCUGCAUAUAAAGGAGGCCAAGAAUCUCCAGGAAGGCGAAUGGCUCUGGCCCUGUCCCGUCUGCCAGUAUCCGAGCCGGGUGACGGCCGCCGGCACGGUCGCCACUUGCAAGUGCGGCUACAAGUUCUGCCCCAAAUGCCGCAGGGACAGCCACUUGCCCAAGCCUUGCGUGGCCCAGACUGGGCAAGUCAUCAGCUUGCGCACACAAAAGAACAUCAUAGGCAGCAAGUACUCCAAACGUCAGCUGCGCCGCUUAUGACCGCAUACCCCGCAUCCGACUUCACGGCUGUGUCCCGCUGUACAGGCUUCACAUGGGACCGGCAGUGAAAGACUCGAUUCCUCGGAGGGGUGGUUGAUUGGUGACUUGUGUGUGCUUGUGUGCAUGUGUCAAACUCCUCGCGAGUUUUUGAAGUGUUUAUAUUUUUAUAUAGCUGACUAUUUUUAUUCUUAGUGCAUUUACAAGUGACAUGCAGACGAUAGUCUGUUUUGUUUUUACUGCCUUUACAAGUGGCCUGCAGAGAGCCUGCUAGUGUUCUUCUGCCACCUCGCAUAACUGCGCAUAAUAUAACAGCGCUAAAGUGAAAGACUUUUCAAUGCGACCAGCCUUGCACUGGUCGCAUUGCCGAAAGUUGUGGCUGUGGCAUCAAAAGGUCUAGAAUUUUGAAUAGUUUAUGCGCAGGGCCUGACCGUUGGACACUACGGUCAUUUCGUCCACAUCACUCUGCCCGUUACAAGCGUGGCCACUUAACGGGCUGACAUUUGUGGCUUUCUUUUUAAAUUAAUGGCACUUAGUAAGUAUUUAAGGGGCACUUGCCGAGCCAAUCCUCCCACUAUUGCAUAACAUUAGCUCCUGCAGAGGUGUGCAGAUGCCGUUAUUUGGCGUGUAUGCUGACAGGCUCUCUGCAGAGCUUCCUGCCUUCUCUCGCCUGGCUUCUGUGAAGCCCGACACGACCAUCACUGUACAAAGCAUCCCAUCACCGCGCUUGCAGGCAGGAAGUUUUCUGUACAGCUGUAUCACCCAAGGGCAUGUCAUGUACAUAGUGUACAUAGUAGAGUGAAUGUGCACCGGUGUGUGUAUAUAUACUGUACAUAGUACCGAUGUGAUCUCGGUCUACUACAGGGAGGGGCUUCAGGACCAACAGGAACUCUGUGCCAAGCUGCUCUUUCAGCUUCCUUUCACAGCAGAGGAAUUAAAGAGAGAUGCUCUCAGUCUACCUCGAUCAAGAAGUAUGGAUUUCAAUACCUUUCUUAAGAUCAGUAUUCUCUUUAGAACAGUAUUACUAAUGCUUGCCAAAAUGCAAUGCACAUUGUUUAAAAACUUGCAGUAUUCUGAACACCAUCUCUUUCUAUCUUGCAAUGCGUCUUUAAUGGUACAAAUUUACAGCACUCAACACUGGCACACCAAUGCAAUGGCCUUCUCACUUUUCUUUCUUUACUCCCCCGCUCUUUCUGUUCAUUUUGUAGAGAGACGGGGGCGAAGGGGACGUCCUGUGGAAAGACAUUCAUGCUUCAAUGUAUUAUGCCACACACACACACGCAAUGACAAUCCACUACUGCAUUUAUUUUGCCAAGUUUUGUGCACGCUGCUCCUGCAGCACCCUUUCAGGACUUUCUCAGUGCGACAAUUGUGCUCAAUGUGAUACCUAUUUAUGUGCAGUGUCACAAGGCAAAGCCAAAGUAAAAUGAGAUUUUUUUUUU